AUGAUAUUACGGAGGAAAAUACUGACCCUUUCCAAAGUAAAUAACGUGUUAACCAAGCAACAAGAUCAACUCAAUUAUCAUUUGAAUAAGAAUACUUUUAGACAAUUCUCUGCAUACAGCCUAGAAAGAAGCAAAGUUGUAGGAAUGGCGACAUACUCAGAUGUCAAUGUUUCCCAUAAUUCUAAGCUCUCUAGCAAAAAUCAGCUUCACGACCAGCGAUACAGCGUUGUCGGGAAGAUUCCCUACAGCUCGGGCCUGGAACAAGUGGACUCUGCGGAAAAACAACGCUAUGACGCAUCGGCAUACCUGAAGAGCUCCCAGUCUGACCAGAAGGUGGACCCGAAGAAGGUGGAAAAAUGGGUGAAGGAGGCAAUGGAAGUGGAGCACGAGGGGUACGACAAGGUCCUGACCUCGUACGUGCAGAACGUGGACGCAGUAGUGACGUUCUACAAGCACAAGGCGACGGGGCUGACUGUGGUGUCGUUCAGAACGAGCGACAAGAACAAGGAGAUGGCGUUCGACGUGUCGGCGCCGACGUACCAGUUUAACGACCAUGGGUGCACGCACGUCACGGAGCACUCGGUGCUGAUAAAAACCGAGGACUACAAAGUGUUCAACUCGUUCUACUACCAAGUGGCAGGAAUGUACUACUCGUUCCUAAACGCGCUCUACUACAAGAACAGAACGAGGUACUACUUCACGUCGCUCAACGAGAAGUCGUUUUAUCAGCUGGCAGACCAGUUCAUGUCGGCGUUCUUCAAGCCGUCGUUCCUGAAGGACGAGGACAUCGUGAAGCAGGAGGGCUGGCACUACAAGGUGACGAAGAGCAACGAGAAGGACUCGAACACGAAGGAGGUGGGAGUAGAUGUGCACGGAAGGCACGUGACAUUCUCAGGAGUAGUGUACAACGAGAUGAAGAAGAGGACGUACGCGAAUCCAGUAGACAAGGGCGUAAGCGUGUUGGACCACAACCUCUUCACGAACACACUCAGGUACGACAGCGGAGGGAACCCGGAGGACAUAGUGGACCUGACUCACCAGGAGCUGGUGGACUUCUACAACAUGUUCUACGGACCGAGCACGGCGACAGUGUACUUCCACGGAGCGAACGACGUGUACAAGAGGUUGGACUUCGUGGACAAGUACCUGAAAAAGCACAACCUGGGAGUUAGCCCAGACCCUAAGACAGGAAAGUACUCGCACACGGCCUCGCCAGAAUUCGUGAAGCAGAUCUCGGUGCACGAGGAGUACAAGGAGGCGCCGAAGUACGUGAAAACGCAGUACAGCGCACAGAACAAGGACGAGGACGUGAUGAUGAUGGGCUGGGUGCUGGACCCGAAGUACAAGGGAACGAACAAGUACGACCUAGACUCGGUGGACAAGCUGGCCUUCGAAGUGGUUAAGCACAUGCUGCUGGACAGCCAUAAUAGCGUGUUCCAGAAGGCGCUCGUGGAGUCGGAGCUGGGGUCGAGAGUGGUGGGCCCAGGCCUGGACGACUUCUACCCUCUGUACCCACACGUGACCUUCAUGUUCGGAGUGGAGGGCGUGAAGUACACGGAGAAGACGCGGGAAGAAAACGUGAAGAAGUUCGAACAACAGGUAUUCAAGGCACUGAAGGACGUAGUUGAAAAGGGGUUCGACAGAGAAGCGGUGAAGUCAGCACUUAGCAAGGUGGAGUUCAAGCACACGGAGCAGAACUACGUGAUGAAGGAGCACAGGCAAGGCUACUACCCUAAGGGGCUGACGCAACUGAGAUUUGUGCAGCCGCAGCUGGAGCAAGGAAAGGACCCGCUCGAGUUCGUGAGGCUGGACAAGCUCAUGGCGGAGCUGAAGAACCGCGUCAGCAAGGACAGAAACUACCUCUCAAACCUGGUGAAAAAACACAUGUUGAACAACACAACGAGAGUGACUCUGCACAUGGAAGCAGUGGAGUCCAAAGAGUAUGAAAAGGAGUUCAACAAGAAGGUCGUAGAAAAACUGAAAAGCAGACUGUCCCAUCUAUCAAAGGAGGAAGUAGAUAAGCUGGAAGAGGAGUAUAAGAAAUUCAAGGAAGAGAGAGAAAAACGACAAGAUGAAAAGGCAUACGAGUCAUUCCCAGAGUUUGAUCCCAAGGAGGUGCUAAAGAAGGACAGCAAGGAUCAGAAGAAAGUGUACAAGCUGUCAGAAAGCUCACUGAAGGAGCAGUCGUCACUCAAGAGAAGCCACCCGGAUAGCAAGGAGAGUGAGGUGACGGUGCUUUCAAAUAAGGUUGACUCCAACGGCAUUUUGUACAUGGACUACACACUGGCUCUCGAUUCCCUCUCACUUGACGACCUGAAGUACAUGUACUUAUUCUCGCAGAUGUUGCAAGAGGCAGGCACAGACAAGUUGACUCCGGAGGAAGUGAGCUACUUGGUCGACAAGAACCUGGGUGGAGUGUCAUUCAGCACAUACUUCACCACCGAGUCAAACAACCAGACCUACGAUGAUCCAACCAAAGGCCUUGGCUACUUGGUGGUGAGAUCGAAGUCACUCAAGCAUAAAACGGACCAGAUGGUUGACGUAGUACACGACCUGCUGGUAAAUGCAAACUUCUCGAACUCGAAAAAGGGAGUCAUGCUUGUGAAACGUUCCGUUAAGCAGCUUGAAUACUCACUGCGUGAUCUUGCCCACGUGUUCACAUUCCGCAGACUGUCAAAAAGAUUCUCAGUUGCAAACUACGCAGACGAGGUAGCAAACGGUUACUCGCAGCUGGUGUUUUUGAGAGACGAACUGGUGCCACUUGCGGAGAAGGACUGGUCAAAAGUUGAGUCGAAGCUGAACGAAAUCAGACAGAAAUUGAUGAACAUGAAGAACUUGACUGUCAACUUAACAGGAGACCAAGAACUGCUCGACUCCUUCCUCAAAAACGCUACUCAGUACCACAGUAAGCUGACAUCGACGUUUAAAUCAGGCCAACAGAAGACUCAGACGAAAGUGUGGGUAGAGGAAGUGCUGAAAAACAAGUUGCUGGAGUCCACAAAUAAAGAUGAGUUGAUAGUGCUUCCUCUUAGGAACAACUUUGUGGGAGUUGGCGGGAAGCUGUUCUCCAAGAACGACAAGAAAUCAGGGGAGCACUCGGUUGCAAUGCACUACCUGAUGAGAACGUACCUGUACCGCUUCCUCAGAACCUCGGGAGGAGCUUACGGAGCGCACGUGUACCUGACGAACACGGGCCACGUGGCAAUGGUCUCCUACGCAGAUCCGAACUUCAUGUCGACGCUGGAGGUGUACAAGAAGGUACCCGAGGGACUGAAGGAGGCCUCUGACUGGCUCUCGGAAAAGGGAAUGAAGAUGCACGUCGUGGGAACGCUAUCAAGCCUGGACAGGCAGCAUAACCCAGAGGACAAGGCCAAGUAUGUGAUGAAGUCCUACCUGAGGGGAGAGACCGAUGAGCAGAUACAAAAACUGAGAGAACAAGUGGUCUCGGCCAGCAAGAAGGUCUUCAAAGAGGUCGAAGCCAAGUUCAGGGAAAGCAAGGACUGGAUGACCGUAUCAUCCCUGGUGAACAGAGAGUCCGCAGAGUCUGCGCCCUCGCAUUAUAAAAAGCUUUUCUAA